AUGGCUGCCCGCGGACACAGACACGCCGUGGUCUAUAGACUACUCCUGCUCAUGGUCCUACUUCUGGGACCGGCGCUGACGCUGCCGGCAUCGACACGCGAGGGAGACCCAGCGCCGACUACGGUACGGAGUGCGAGCCCUGCCGAGUUCAGAGAAGCCCGAGGUCCUUGGAGCACGCUCUACUUUUACGCGCGGAAGCGCAAGGACGUUGCCCGAGCACCGACGCUGCAGGACGUAGCUAAGGUGACCAAGGAGGCCAAGAAGAAGGCCGACGCCAGCAGCACGGAUCGGACCUCCACGGCCCAGCAGCCGAGGCAUUGGACCAUGGAAGAGCCAACGCCGUCACCGGUGACAACAACCACGACAUCGGCACCGCCUACGACUAGGGACUACUCCGGUCUCUACAUCUCUCCUCCCAUCAUGGUCCUGGACGGCAACGGAGAACGGGACAACACUCGCGUCGUCCACGACGUACUGGUUGUCAAGAACCGGCCGUCCCGACGUCCUUCGACUCUGCGACCUCCGGGGUCCUCCAACCUGGUCCAGCCCUCCAUCAUCAGGAGACCUCCGCCCUUCUGGGCGGGCACCGCUGUGCCGUCUGGCUACGGCGUCUCGCACGCCGUGCUCAUGAACAACCACCGACCUCCAUCGGCGUCGUCGGCCUUCAAGCGACCCUUCCCGGGCGUCACCUCCAUACAUAUCUACCCCCUGACCACGGCGCCGUCGACGACAACGUCGGUAUACCCACCGCAGGGAACUAUCGCUUCGGUGCCGCUCUCCGUGUACGACACGGUGGCCAACACGACCAUCGUCCACCAGAACAUCAUCACCUUGUCCAAACCGACGUACUCGUCUUCGUCCUCGUCUUCGUCGUACUCGCCGUCUCAGACGACCACGUCUUCGCCGCCCUACAUGGAAGAGGAAGACUUCGGCACCACGACCGAGGCGAUGACGGAGUCUACCGAGACCUCGCAGUCUUCGCCGUCGAGACCUUCCACAACCGAGCCGCUGCCGGACUGGGCCCUCCAGCACCAGCACCAGCACAGGCCCGUGGUCACGACGACGGCGCCUUCUUCGAGUCUCGUGGCGCCCAUCGGUUCCAUGCCCGGAAUCCUGGGUCCCAUCGGCAACCUGAUGCAGAAGUUCCCCACGGGUUCGCUCUCCAUGUUCCAGAACAUCGGACGCGUCAUGGCCGUGCUGCCGACGAUGCUGGCCGCGUUUCUUCUCACGGCGCUGCUCUUCGUGUAAAGCAAACCGACGACCUCUGGCGUGGCGGGAAGGAAGCUUUAAAUGCGUGAUCACCGAAAGCUGGAGGACAGGUGGUGGCAGCGGAUAGGAGUGGUCGCCGCAAGUUGGUGCUGUAGACUUUAACUGCUCAGUGACAAAAAACUAAGUGAACACUCCUCCUACCCAGUUGGAAGUUCCACUCGCCAGGCACUUCCGAUGAUUCUGCACUGAUUCUGCACCCGAUAUCCGAUGUGACAGUGAAAUGCAUCUCUGUGCCACUGGAUAACCUAAUCUGAUCAACUGAGGUCGUGUGUGCACAGAUGAUCACUUCGUGCCUGGCAAUGAUUACCUCACGUCGAGAUGCUGUCAGCCAAACCAGAGACGAGAACGAAUCGUAUAUAGCAGAUCCUGGCUAACUGAAGUGGCAACCAGCUGGACUUCGAUCACCCCGAUGGUGCCGUGGUUACUGUGCAAUUAUGGGCUGGGUCUACCAUGUGGUGUAAAGAGUUGUGAUCAAUGGGGAACAUCUUGAUCGUAUAGGUCUGGCUAUAAAGCCAGUGCGUAGCUGAGUAAAUCACAUACAACGCUGAAAAUGCCGGUCAGGUUGAUCUUGAAGCGUGACUGACAGUGCUAUGUUGAAGAGACUAUGCAGAACGUGGCCUAUCAUGCCACCGUGGAUGGCUAUGUAGGAUGAGCAAUCAAACGAACGAUUGUGUCCACAAAUGCUAACCCGUACGAAGCUCCUUAUUACGCAACUCUAGUAUUUCGAGGUAUUCAUCGCUUAGUGGAAACAAUCUACCGUGCCUUAACGAAAAUACAGGCUGAUGGGCGAGUUGGUUCGGCGUAAUUUAGGAUGAUGCACUGUCGUAUCGCGUAGCCUUUCCCUGUGAACUGUGUGUUUCACUGCGUUGCAGUGUACACGGUGCGUUUCCCACCGCAUUCUUCUGGAACAUUUGGUUACAAAUGUAUGGCCGUUACUUUCGUCCAUACCUCAAUCAACAUACGCCCCUCCCCCUUCAAGUACAAGAGCUGUCUUCGGUCUUAUGUAGUCAAGCGCGACCGAUACAAAGUGUACGAUAUCUUAACAAUCCAAAAAUGUUUGGAAAAAAUUUCUUGCCCUGACCUAGCUCUCCGUACGUUCUCGUAGCGAAAUCAUAAAAAAAAACUCGUGGCUAUUGUAUUUGUAAUUAACACGUAGUAGUUGUGAACC